AUGGGUUGUACAAACACAAAAGCAAGCAAAGGCGAAGGUGACUUAGAACAAUACCAUCAAGACAUUUUCAGCGCCGCACAAUCAGGCGAUGUCAAACGGCUCAAAGAGAUACUUGACGAAUUGGAUCGCCGUAAAGCAUUCACAACGAAGAAAGAAGUUCUCAAUAUGGGUUAUCGAGAAGCAGACGGUUUAACAGCAUUGAGUAUAGCAGCUGGAAAAAAACAUAAGCCUAUCACUGAAGCUUUAGCUACAUGCCCCGAAGUCGAAGUGAACAAAGCAUCACUGUCCGGUAUUACGCCAUUAUUAAUGGUUGCCGAAGUUGGCUGGCCAGAUAUACUUGACAUUCUGUUACAACGCGGUGCUAUUGUUGAUUCAGCACCGUCUGGCAAACGAGCUGAAGAUAAUAAAAUAGCUGGUUCGACACCAUUAAUCGGUGCAACUAAAUACAAUCAUCCUGAAUGUGUGAAGCGCUUAUUAGCAAAUCAAGCAAAUCCAAAUCAUCAAAAUCAAUCGGGUAUAUCAGCAUUGAUGCUUGCAGCUGAACAAGGAUAUUUUGAAUGUGUUAAAUUACUUGUACUAGCCGGAGCUGAUCUUGAAUUAGCACCCAGUGGUCCAUUAGCAUUGACAAUGAAUUUAUGUGGUCAAACCCCAUUAUUUUGUGCAGCAAAAGAAGGUAGAAUAGAAAUCGUUAAAUAUUUAUUAGAUCGUGGAGCUAAUCCACGUGUUCAAAAUCACUACGGUGUUAGUGCCUUAUGGAUUCCAUCACAAAAGGGCAUUAUACAAGUUGUUGAAUUAUUAUUAAAUGCCGGUGCUGAAACGCAUAUUGCUCCGUUUGGUAAUCUAGCUGAUGAAUUAAACAUAACCGGUUGGACCCCACUUUAUGCAGCAAUGAAAUCUCGAAAAUUCGAUGUUGUUAAAUUACUUCUUCAACGUGGUGCUGAUCCGAAUGCAGUAACAAAAUUAGGUUCAACACCAUUUUUACUCGCAUCCGAAAUAUGUGAUUUAGAUAUCAUCGAAAAAUGUGUUAUAGCUGGCGCUGAUCUUGAUUUUGCACCGAGUGGCUCAGAUGCUGACAAUUUAAAUAUAACUGGUCAAACAGCAUUAUUUAUGGCGACAUUGAAAGAUCGUGUUGAUGUUGUGAAAUUUUUAAUUGAAAAAGGAGCUAAAGUCAAUGUACAAAACCGUUAUGGUGUAUCACCACUGCUCCUUUGCGCAGAAUCGGGUAAUCGAGAACUAGUUGAAGCACUUGUUGACGCUAGUGCUAAUGUCAAUAUUACACCACAAGGAGAAUUAGCUGAAGAAAAUUUCCUUGCAGGACAGACGCCUCUUUUUGGUGCAGCUAAAAAGGGUCAUGUAGAAAUUUGUGAAUAUCUUAUUAAAAAUAAUGCCGAUGUUAAUGCUGUAACAAUGACUGGCGCCACACCAUUGUACACAGCAACAGAAGAAGGUCACUUAGAAGUCGUUGCUUUACUGAUACAAAAUGGUGCUGAUGUAAAUCAAUCACCGACAGGACAAGUUGCACGUGAUCUUCACAUUGAAAAUCAAACACCUUUAUUAAUAGCGUGUAUGAGAAAUCAUGAACCCAUAAUUCGAUUUUUAAUCGAAUCUGGUGCAAAUGUUAAUGUAACAUCUGAACGUGGUUCAUCACCAUUCCUUGCCAUUUGUCAGCAUAAUAAUGUUGAACUAGCUCGAUUGCUUAUUAAAUGUGGAGCACAACAUGAUGUUGAAGCAAAAAAUUUAUAUGAUGGAAAAAUUAAUGGUUUAAUUGUUGCUGCGGAAUCUGGUUCCUAUGAUAUAUUACGUUUAUUAGUUGAAGCUGGAUUAGAUGUUAAUUAUAAAAUAGAAGGAAAAGGUGAAACCGCUGGUAGAACGCCUUUAUUUUGUGCAUGUGCAAAAGGCUUUCAAGAUAUUGUUGAAUAUUUAAUUGAAAAAGGAGCUGAUGUUAAUGGAACAGAAAACAGUGGUCUUUCGUGUUUGCACAUUGCGGCCGCAAUGGGUCAUGAUGAUACAGUUCGAGUCCUAUGUGAACGUGGUGCAAAUGUUGAUCAACAAUUUCGGUUCGAAGAACAAGAUGUAACAGCAUAUGAUUUAGCUGAAUCUCAGCAGCAUGAUCAUGUAUGUCAAGUACUUAGAAAUUUCGGUGCACAACAACUACCUCACAGUACAUUAUCAAGUCAAGUGGAUGCUAACUAA